UUUUCAUUUCCUGCUUCGAUUCUUUUCUAGAAAGGACACUAGCAAGUUGUACAAACAGGGUGCCACUGAGUAGCACCGGUUGGCUACUCAAUGAAAGCGUACGAACCGGUCACGUUGACACCGCAAGCGCGGUUCGAUAAGAAAUGGACGAAAACUCGCAUUUCGGAUAUUUUUACGAAGAGUGGUUUGUCUCACUUGUGGAGUGAGAUGCUGAAGGAUGGCGAAGCUGCUAGCGCGGUCUCUAGAGGAGAACUUCCCUGUAUAGCCAAGGAGUCUGUAGACAGUAGAUUGGAGAACAGUAGUGGUACAGGUACUGAUGUUCUGACCGCGACGACAGCAGAGUCAAUUUUGGAUUCUUGGACUUGGCGUCAGCAGCCUGACUCCGAACAACUGAAAGAUGCCUUGCAAUCUCUUCUAGUCGAUCAGCGACAGCUUGCAUGGGAGGCAUCAGGAACUAUGCCGUCAAUGCAGAGGUUGCAGAAGCGAUUGACAAUCUUGAGUCGAUACUUUCUUGCUCUAUCUAGACAUCUUCCUGUGGUGGUGUCUACUGUGAAACUUGGUGCCAAGCAAAAGAAAAGAAAUCAGGUCAAUGCCAAGUCAUCAUUGCACACUACAGCUACAGACAAUGUGACACAGCGGUUAGCUAAAGUUGGCACCAGGGCAAUUUUGUCCUUUAUGUUCUCUUCUCUUAAACGAACGUGGCGUUCUGGUGAAGAUAUACACAUGUGCUCAGAUAUUUUGCAGGAGUCCCUUUCUGCAAUGCUGGCUUUACCUGUAGCCAGUCUGUUUGAUGAGACUAGCAUAUCAGCAUUUUGGGUUGAAGUAGUCAGUAGCUGUUGGAAGUUUCUAAGAGCAGUUGUGAUGAGUGAAUUACAUUCUUCAAUUCCUCCUAUUGCUGAUCGGCAAACUGCUCUGGCUCUUCUAAUUGAACUCAGUGUUCAACGGGCUUCAUUGAGUCAGUUACUUGAGGCAGUUCUGUUACUUCUUCAGCUUCCAGAAAAAACUUCAAGUGAAGACUCUAGUGCUUUUUCUUUUGCUCCUCUUGUUCCUGUUCUAAAGCAGUUGGCAACUGUUGAUGCAAGGUCUGGAAAAUUACAAGAUAAAACACUGGAAAAUGAAGAAUUAUUUCACUCUGCAACAACAGUCAGCCCAACAAAGAGCUUCUUACAAUAUUUGAAUCUGCCUGAUGAUGAUGUAAUGUUUGAGCUGAGACAAGCAGCACUUAUUAUCUUAUGCUAUGUUGACAGAUUGGCUGAAAGCUAUAAACCUGAUGAUGAUAAUGAUCAGGGAACCGGAACUGCUGCUAGUGUAUAUGCAUUUGGUGGAUUAAACUGGAGUGGUAGCAGUGACACCAAGACGCCAGAAUCUUGUGAUUGGCUAUGUGACCUCAAUGUGCUUGAUAUAAGUUGUGCUGAUAAACAGAUAUUCAUCACGAACCAUUCCGGAAAUGUAUAUGAGAGUGCUUGUGGCACAGCAUUACCAGAUGCUGAGCAAAUGGUGUUAAGAGGUCUGGAAAAAGCUAAGCUUGUUCGAUGGGUUAAGAAAUACUUUUGCACUGGUUCAAGGUUAUCAUGGACCCUGACAAAAGGAGUAAACAUUACAAAGAACCCGGAGUGGUUACAGAACUCACCGGUGGAUGAAGCGACCCUUCCCAACUUAUGCCCCUUUACUGCACUUUUGGACGAAGGCUGGACAUCAUAUUUGGCAGAGUCGCCAUUUGUCUUCUUUGCUAGUCUUUACUGA